CCCCUCUCAUCUCAUCCCCUAUCAACGCUAGGACUCUAGGACUAAAGCCUUGUUCACAAACAGGCCGAGCGCCAUCUACGUAACAUAUAUCGAUUCACAAUACCAACAUAAAACAUAACGCGUAAAAUAGCCAAUCAGAAUGAAGCUGAGAAGUGUGUCGAGUUGAUCAUGUAAAUAAACAAAUCAAAUCACUUACCAGUUAUCAGUUAUCACAAUCACACGGUAGCAUGAAUUAUUGAAUGAUUUCAAGUAAAUUAGUAUUUUUUAUUAUUUUUCAUCGUAUUAAUCACUGUCUGUUUUGGUUAUUUUAUUUUUAAUUUUCAAUUCAAAAUGCCUGGAGACCACACUUACAGAAAUAUUGCGGAAGAAAUUCCCAUAGAAGAGGAUGAAGAUGGAAAUUUAACCAUGGUGUUGGCAGACGGUAGCGACGAACUAUUAGUGGACUUAGUGAAGUCCCACACUUUUAUUUACUCGAAAGUAUCGCCUCAACACAAAGAUGCACAGAUGAAAGUGAACGCCUGGACAGAGAUCGCAGAAGUCCUUCAAAUUUCAGCAAAAGAGGCAGAACAUCGAUGGGGUCUGAUUAGAGAUAAGUUUACAAGAGAACGAAAAAUUAGAGUUCAACAGCCCUCUGGUUCUGGCAAGAAUGCUCCGAAACCCUGGGCACUGUAUGAAAAACUGAGCUUUUUAAACGAACAUGUUAAAAGAAGGAAAACUACAUCAACUGUUCCUACGAUAAAGAAACCAUGUCCCCCUGCCAACUUAAACUCAAACUCCAACUCCUCAACCUCAUCCUCAUCUUCAACUACAGGAUCGUUUAGAGCCCCAAAGACUUCAACCACCAGCUCUGGCUCAUCAUCAUCAACACCAAACACCUCCGUAGCAGUGGACACAGGAUCAGAGACUGAUGUUUUUACUAAUGAGGCCACAGCCGGCACAGGUAAUUUUCGCAAGGUAAAGAAAAGUGAUCCUCUUGACCAAGAUUUCUCUCAGUUAAGUGCGGAGAUGCUGAGAUAUUACAGAGAUAAGAGAACCUCCAAAGAGAAGACACAGCCAGCCUCAGAAGUAUGUACGGAGAAACUGUUUGGAGUUUUGGUGGCCUCUGAAUUGAAAAAAAUGCCUGAAAGUAUUCAAAAAGAAAAGAAAAAAGCAAUAAUGGCAGUUAUAUAUGAAUGAUAUGGAACUUUAAUACAAAUAUGUUUUUUGUUCUUUUUACAAAAUUUAUGAAUAAAGACUUCUAUUAUUAAGAAUUUUAUACCAUAUUUUUUUAUAAUUUUAGUACAAAUACGUGAUAUUAUGAUAGUUUUAUACCAUAGCAUUACAUUUUAGUACAAAUAACAGUUUUACCAUGACAAUUUUAUACAAUAUAAUGUAAUUAUACUGCAAAUA